AUGACGAAACUACCCUUCUUCCACUCGAUUACCCUGCUGCCCUUCCUCGUCUUUCUUCUCUCAUCUAUGUCCUUUUUCGUAAAUUCAAAAUACCUUCUUGCCGAAAGAGCCGCCUUGCUAGACAUGAAAAAUACAUGGCACAACACCACAACCAUCCAACACUGGAACACCAUGUCAUCUCCCUGUGACUGGCCGGAAAUCAACUGCUCCUGCGCCGGCUCCGUCACCGGAAUCAACAUCAGCAACUACUACAUCACCGGCACCGUGUCGGACUCCAUCGGCCACCUCCACAACCUAAACCAUCUCGAUUUCAGUAACAAUAAUCUCAGGGGAAAAUUCCCGGCCGCGGUACUCAAGUGCUCGAUGCUCGAGUAUUUGGACCUCACACAAAACCACUUCGUGGGGGAUAUUCCGGCCAAAAUCGACCGGCUAAAAUCUCUCCGGCACAUCGACCUCAGCGACAACAACUUUUCCGGUGACAUCCCGCGGGAGAUCGGAAACCUGCCGGAGCUCCGUGACUUGAUCUUGGGCGAUAAUUCGUUCACAAGUUAUCCGGUGGAGAUCUCGAACCUUUCGAACCUGGAGCACUUCGAUCUUUCUAACAACACCUUCAAGCGGGCGAAUUUACCUCAGGAGUUCGGAAGACUCACGAACCUGAAGUAUUUUUGGAUGAGGAUGGCGAACGUCAUCGGAGAGAUUCCCGAGAGCUUCGGGAAUUUGUCGAGGCUCACCUCUUUGGACUUGCCUAUGAACGAUAUCGAAGGUACAAUCCCAAAAAGUCUUUUCUUGUUGAGAAAUUUGAGCGUAAUUUAUUUGUUUACCAACCGGCUAUCGGGUCGGAUUCCUCAAGUAAUCGAGUCGUUGGGUUUGGUGGAAAUCGACCUAUCCAUGAAUGACUUGAGUGGUCCGAUCCCGGAAGAUAUUGGGAAACUCGAAAAGUUGGAGCUUUUGUAUCUUUAUAGGAACAAUCUAUCUGGUGAAGUGCCACCGAGCAUAGGCCGACUUCCCAGCCUUCAAUAUUUUGUUGUUUUCACGAAUAAUCUAAGUGGAGCUUUACCCGAUGAAAUGGGAAAACACUCGAAGCUCAUUGACAUCGAAGUUUGUGACAAUCAUUUCACCGGAAAACUACCGGAAAAUUUGUGCGGAGGUGGUGCUUUAGAUCAUGUGUAUGCUUUUAGAAACAAAUUUACGGGCGAUAUUACGAAAUCAUUAGGAAAUUGCCAAACCCUAGUCGUCGCGUGGUUGUUCAGUAAUAGCUUCUCGGGCGAGCUGCCAAGUAAAAUAUUGCCGAAUUUAACUGAGUUUGAUGUAAGUGACAACGAGUUUAGCGGUGAAAUUCCGACUAUUGUUUCGUCGUGGACGAAUUUGGGUGUGUUCAAGGCAGGCAACAACAAGUUGUCCGGCACUAUCCCGACUGAAUUGGCAAGCCUAAAAAUGCUUACGACUUUGAAUCUUUCCUGGAAUAAAUUAUCGGGUUCGAUUUCGCAUGAGUUUGGUUCUUUACAUGCACUUCACAGUUUGGAUUUGUCGAAUAACCAUCUUUCGGGUGAGAUCCCACCUCAGCUAGGAAACAACUUGACGCUCACUUUCCUAAACCUUUCUUCGAAUCUUCUCACCGGAAAAGUUCCCGACAAGUUGGAUAACGCGGCGUUUAACAAAAGUUUUCUGAACAAUCCGGGUCUUUGUGCCACAAUCAAAAUCUCCGGCCUUCCGAGUUGCAACGCGGAACCGAUGUGUCAUGUGCGCAAAUAUUAUGGAAACUAA